AUGCCUGCCAAACUUGUUCAUCAGCACCACGCCCUGCUAUGCUAUGCUCCAAAACUACUUUUGGCAGAGUGGCAGAUACUCCUAUCAGUCAGCUCCAUUUUAAACUGUUUCCAUCUCAGCGGAAUCGUGAGGACAACGCGAGCGUCCACUCCGACGAGUCCGCCUUACGCCAACCCUGAGCCCGAAGUCAAUAAGGUUUCCGUCAGUUUUGACCGAUGCAAAAUCACAUCUGUAACAUGCAGUUGUGGGACGAAGGACAUCUUCUGGUGUCAACAUGUAGUUGCGCUCUCACUCUACCGUAUUCGAAACGCCGACAGUGUAAGACUGAGGGUGCCCAUUUCAGAAACUCUUCUGCAAAUGGACAGACAGCAGCUACAAAAAUUCGUUCAGUACCUGAUUUCCGAACAUCAUACAGAAGUCCUACCCACCGCACAAAAAUUAGCUGAUGAAAUCUUACUACAAAGAUCAGAAAUAAACCAAAUACCAGGAGCGCCGGACCCGACGGCUGGAGCGAGUGCGGAUGACGAUCAUACGUGGCACUUGGACGAGGAGCAGGUCUGCGAACAGGUCAAGUCCUACCUCUCACAGGGCACCUACUACAAUGCCAACAAACAGCUCAACUCACUAUUCGCCAAGGUGCGAGAAAUGCUUCGAGCGAGAGACUCGAACGGGGCGAGAAUGCUAACGCUUAUUACCGAUCAGUUCCUUUCCGAUCCUAGACUAAUUCUUUGGAAGUCCCAGGGAACGCCAAUGACUGAUAAAUGCAGGCAACUCUGGGAUCAAUUAGGUGCGCUUUGGGUGUGCAUUGUGUUGAAUCCACACUGUACGCAAUUGGAGAAGGUGCAUUGGAAGGUGCUUCUCGAGAAGUGGACGCGAAACGAAGUGUGUCCUCUGGAAGACCCUGACUUCAGGCCGCAGCCGAUGCCUAGGAUAGAUAAUUACCAUGGAGUACACUACUCAUCAGAUUCGGAAAAUUCUGGUGGAUCUGACGACGAGGGCGGUGGAGGUGGUGGAGGAGGUGUGGGUGGGGGGUACAGGGGUGGUGCUCUGGCGGGGGGAGUGGGGGGAAACCGGAGGAGGGGGUGGCCUGGCUCUCACGGAAUGAGUCACAGUCGGGCGACCGCUUCAAAUAUUCCUCGCACUAUUUUUCAUAGGGCUCUAGACGCAGUGGGCAUGUCGUGGGACAACAUGCACUUGAAGCACAUUCUGUCGAGCGACAGCUACUGCAGUCACAUCCCGGACAUCUCGGGCAGCUUCAACUCGCUGGGCCAGCCGCUGUGGCACGAGUCGCUUGCCACGUGCGCCGCACGUGUGGACGCACUGCGAUCGCACGGCCACCAUCUGGCCGCACUGCGACUUGCUGUCGCCGUCGUUCGCACCAUGAAGCAGCAGCAGCUCAACGCACAGCGCAGGUGGCACGAGAGCCAGCAGCACAAAUCUUCGUCGGCGGCGGCGGCUGCGGCAUCAUGGGGCGAGGCGAGCAGCCACCGUUACGACCGUGGAGGCUCAUGUGUCGCAUGUCCGCUGGCGCAGACGGCCGCGUGCACGUCCCGCUGUCCCGGCUACGACCAUCAUGUUGUUCGCUGUGCCUACGAAACGCACUCACGUCUACCGUCUUCGUCAUCCUGCUUCAACGACUGCCGGUACGGCUCGACAAACCGGUACGGCUGCAGUGCGACCCGCGGCUGCGCGUACGACCGGCCGGCGCCGACCCGAUGCAGUGUCCGCUGCUGCGGUGGUGUCAGUUCGGGCGCCUCCUCCUCUGCGACGCCCAGCCGCUGCAGUGUCCGCUGUUGCGGUGGUGCCAGUUCGGGCGCCUCCUCCUCUGCGAUGUCGCAGUCGUCGACGUCUGCAGCGCCGCUCAAAUCGGCAGACGGCCGCAUGUCGCAAUGUGGAGCCCGCCAUUGCGCUGUGGAGGCCAACUGGGCCGAGGGUUGGGUUGGACAUCCACUCGACCCCAUCGGAACUUUGUUUGACACCCUCGCAGAGGCCAGUCGGCUGCCUGACGACCAGAUUCCCAGCACUAGUUCGCACACACCCACCUAUCUAGAUCCAGUGGGCGUAGAGGAAUCGGGAAACAUAGCUCCUCCCCGCUACCACCAUGUGCCUGUGGUUGGCUCGAGGGAUCGCUCGGAGACCUACCUGACGCUGGCUGUUGAGGUUGCCCUCAUUGGCCUCGGACAGCAGCGGAUCAUGCCUCCCGGACUAUAUGCUCAGGAAAAAGCAUGCAAACAAGAAGACCAGCUGAUAGCCAAGCUGCAGGGCAUGGAGCUGAACAACAGUCUGGUGGCAGUGCUGCGUCGGCAGUCGAUCGUGUUGCUCGAGGGUGGGCCUUCGUCCGGCCUGGGCAUCGGCAUCCACGCCGAGAGCAUCCCCAUGCACACGUUCGCGCGCUUCCUGUUCGUCGCGCUGCUCAAUUGCUACCCGGACCUCGCCUACGAGGUGGGGCUGCGGGCCAUGCGGCUGCCCGUCCUCGAGGAGCACGACGAGUCGGACAGUGGCAAUGUGUCGUCUCUGGUGCUGAAUCGCUACCCCCGGUGGUACACCAUCGGACACCUCGAGACGCAGCAGUGUGCGCUCGCCUCCACUAUGCUCAGCGCUGCUAAAGGUGAUAUGAUGAGACUGAGGACGGUGUUGGAGUCGUCGCAAAGGCACAUUCACAGUUCGUCGCAUUUAUUCAAGUUAGCUCAGGACGCGUUUCGCUUCGCCACGCCCGACCCAAACACCAGGCAUCAGACGCUGCUCAGUGUCAGCUUCGAACUGGGACUUCAGGUGAUGCGCAUGACACUGUCGUCAGUGAACUGGCGCCGCCGCGAGAUGGUGCGCUGGCUGGUGACGUGUGGCACGGAGGUGGGCGUCGACGCGCUCGUCUCCAUCAUGCAGAACUGGUACCAGCUGUUCACGCCGACCGAGGCGACAGGGCCCGUUGCCACCACCAUCAUGAGUCACACCACCAUUAUGCGGCUCAAUCUCACCUUCGCACAGCAAGAGGAGUUGUCUGCGUGCGCGCGCACCCUUGCUCUGCAGUGCGCCACUAAGGAUCCUCCGAACUGUGCGUUGAACGCGCUGACACUGUGUGAGAACGAAGCGAUAGCGUUCGAGACGGCCUACCAGAUCGUGAUAGACGCGGCGUCGCACAUCAUGACGUCAUCGCAGCUGUUCACCAUUGCCCGCUACAUGGAGCAUCGCGGCUACCCCACGCGCGCUUAUAAGCUGGCCAUCCUAGCUAUGAAGAACGUUCACCUCGCUUACAAUCAGGACACACACCCGGCCAUCAACGAUAUUCACUGGGCGUGCGCACUAAGCCACUCGCUGGGCAAAUCGGAGCUGAGCAACAUGAUUCCGCUGCUGGUGAAGAACGUGCAAUGCGCGACCGUGCUGUCGGACAUCCUGCGCCGGUGCUCCAUCACGGCGCCGGGCAUCUCGUGUCCGCACCCGGCUGCGGGAGGGGGCGUCGACGGCAGCAAGCACCACCAUCACCACCACCAUCACCAUCACCACCGCAGUAGCUCCAGUGGUGCAGCGGGCGGACACCGCAGCAGCGUCAAGCCGCUCUCCUAUGACCGGCCGCCGUUGAGGCAACUCCUCGAAGCAGCCGUCGCCGCCUACGUUCACACCACACACUCACGGCUCACGCACAUCUCCCCGCGACACUAUGGCGAUUUCAUAGAUUUCCUAGGUAAGGCACGUGAUACCUUCAUUCUAGCUCAUGACGGUCACGCUCAGUUCACGCAGCUAGUCGAAAACAUGAAGCUGGCCUACAAGGGAAAGAAGAAGCUGAUGUUUUUGGUGAAGGAGCGCUUCGGCUGACUAAUGGGGAAUGCGGCGCCGCCUGCCUUCAGGUGAUUGGUGGAUGUCGCUCUCACCCCUCCCACUCCCACUCCUGUGCCAAUCCAACGACUACGACCCCGCUGAUGAUCGAAUACUCCAAUAUUUCACAACAUAUUUAAUUGAUAUUUAAACAAAAUAAAAUUAGCUCAAUAUUUUACCGUUUUUAAUUGCUGAUUGAAUGCGAUUUUGUUAUUCAAUUUGUUUUUUUUCGAAUUCAAAUUCAUUUAUUCGCCAUAAAUAUUAUACCGUAUACAAAUUACUAAAAUAAAUAUUCUCAAUUACAAAAUGGCACUACUGGCAAAGAACAACUUGUGAAUUCGAACAGCUAGGAAUGGUAAACAUGUCAAUAGACAAAGAAAAAGAGCUUAUUAUAAACUUAAAAUGAAUAAAAGUACGGAAAACUAGGUCACAUCCUAAUCUUUACAAACGAUAAUACAUAUAAAUCUAUUAAAUUAUAUAUAAUAUAAAUUCAAUUUCUAAACUAUAUAGAUUUAAAAUUUCAUGUUAAUAUGCGUUUAUACUGAAAAUUGGACAAGUGAAGGAAUUUUAACAGAAGCUUACAAAGAACAGACAGAGGAUGAGUCGAUAUUACACUGGUAAAUAUUAUGAUCAUGGACAUUGACAUUAAAGCUUGUUAAAGUUUACCUCAACUAAAUAAUACUUCACAUGUAAUAUCUAUUCUAAAAAAUGGAAAUAAAUUAUUUUUAUUGUUUGCAACAAUACUCUCAACAAUGGUGAGGGCUACUCGUAUUUACGUGAAAAUUAAAAAAAUCGAAGUAGCAUUUUUUAAAACUUUGUUUUAUUGCUCACAAGUUUCGACAUAUUAACGCCAUUUUCAAGUAAUUCACUCAAAAAUGACAUUAAUAUGACGAAGCUUGUGAGUAAUAAAAAAAGUUUUUAAAAAUGGUACUUUGAUUUUUUCAAUUUUCACAUUAGUAAUUUUCACUCCAGUUGGCGGAUAAUUCUACAAUUUUGGGACAGAGAGAACUCUCAAAUACUAUUUCAAUAAAAAAACUUAAAUGACUAAUAUAAUUAUAAUGUACUACAUAACAAAACAAUAAUAACUUCAACUAUUACCUGAUUAAAUUUAUUUUAUUAUUCAAUAAUUAGAAUGAUCUACUAAUCGAUACAUAUUAAACUGCCUCAAUAUUUUUCCAAUGUUUAGGUAACAAAUCAAAUUAUUUCUUGCAAUUCGGUUGAAUAAAUUUGAGAAUUCUGAGAUGAUUCACUAUUGACUUGACGGAACGUUGCUGAAUAUUUCAAAAUCGUCUUCUUCUUCUUCUUCUUCUUCUUCUUCUUCUUCUUCUUCUUCUUCUUCUUCUUCUUCUUCUUCCUUUCACGGGUUAGUCAUUGCUGCCUGUUUCGAACCUCUGUGCCUCUAAAAUCAACCCAUCUCAUUCUGGGACGUCCGCGAUAUCUUCUUUCAAAAUGGAUUAAAAAAUCAAAACUUCAUAAAAUAUUUCAAAUAAAGCCAAACCACAAAUAGGGCAAAUAAAAUUAUCCUCUUCACCACACUCUGAAAACAUAAAAACUUCAAUUCCUUAUGACACAAACCAUUAGUAGUUCAACUAGAAAUGGGUCAAAAGAACGCUUACUUCAAUCAUUCUUCAAAAUCAUAAUUUGAAGUACGGUAGUUCAUUGUGAGUUUUUAAAUGAGAAAAGUGUUCCCAGUACUGUAUUAUAUUUUGACUGCUGUGAUAUGUAUAGGAACUAAUAUGUGUACUCUUAUAAUAAAGUGAGUAAUUUGUAUUUUUCUCAAUUCAUAUUUUUGGUAAUUUCUAAGUGUUUUGGGAUCUUUUCUGACUCAAGAAUUUCGAAUUUGGGAAUUCACUUGUAAAUAUUUUAAUUCAUAUAGGCUAGUAGUUUUGGAAGAAGCCCCGAUAUCGUAGGCAUAUUCAGGACUUAUUUACUCAGAUGAAACCGAAUAAGCAUUUCUAACAAAUUUGUUGGAGUUUGAUUUGGAGUAUUCGAUCAACAAUGUAUUCAAUGUUUCAAAAUAUUUGGUAAACAAAAAAGCGCGAAUCACUGACGCGGAUUAGUAAAAUUAUGAGAUAAUGACUAGAUUUACGAGAUUAAGAAUGAAAUAAACUUUUUAUAACUCGUUCAAAGUGAGCUUCGAUUGAACUGAUCUACUAUUUUGUAAAUAUGAAAAUGAAUAGAAAAAUUGAAUAGUUGUAAUAAUGUUUAGCUUAGUGGAUAGACUAUGACAAUUUAUAUUACUAAAAAUAUCAGCCUUGUUUUAAUUUUUGUCAAAAUUAAGUGUUGUGCAGUUUUGUAAUGGACUGAAACUAUCUUUAAUAAGUAGGAAGUGAAAUAUACAAACGUAUUUAAUUUAAGUAUAGGAUCUAUAUUAUAUAAAUAGUUGUAAAUUAUGAAAUCAGAUGAACGAAUAUAUUUUUCUCCUUAAGUGUGUGCAAGUUUGAAAUUUGGCUCUGAUAUUUUGAGAAAUUCUUCAAGUAGAGGGAGAAAAAAUUUAAACUGAAUUCAUUCCAUAAAACAAUGAACCUAUCUACCAAUAUGAAUCUACUAUUGUUGAAUGGAAGAUUUAGUUGACGUGUUUGGUUUGAAUGAAUGUUUUAGUGAAUUUUUAGUUGAAAAAAUGAAGGACUAGGAAAAUUAAUUGCAGUUGAUUUUGUUAUAUUUGUUUUCUAGUUAUUUCAGCAGUUCUAUGUUAUUGAAUUUUUAUUAUGGAAAUUCAAUUUCCCCAAUCUUAUGUUCUUGAUUAUUUAGUUAAACCUGAAUAUGUGUUCAUGUACAUUUCUAGUUAUGGCUCUCAUAAUAACGAAAAUUUGCUUUGUUUGGUUAUAACUAUUAUAGCUCAAAUUUAUCACUUUAAAAAUUCUGUGAUCGAUUUUUAUUUUUGCUUCUUGAUAUUAUCGUAAUUUUUAAAUUUGUGAACUAGAUCUCAGUAGAAUAUAUGGAUUUUAAUGAUAUCCGUGUAAGAUGUAAGUUGCAAUGAAUAAUUCGAACUGACUGUCACAGACUCAUAAUUACGUGAAAUACAAGAACUUUCACAAUUUAUUAAUUUCAAACAAAUUUUUGUUUUUACAUAGUUUUUGUUUGAUUUCUUUGUUAUUAGAAUAUUUUUAUAAGUAUAAAAACUAUUAUUAUAUUGUUGUGUUUGUGUCAAAUUAUUGAUUUAUAUUUGGAUGAAACGAUAUCAAUAAUAAUAAAUUAAUGUAAAUUAUUUUUAUUAUGUUAUUCUGCAACCAAAGAUUGUUCUGUGUAAAUAGUAAUAAUUUUUCUAAGAAAAUUAUUUCGUAAGAUCAUUAAACUAAGCUGUCAAACAAUAGGUGUUAAGGAUUAGUUUGGAAAUGUAAGAAUUUAAGAAUAGAACGUUUAUUUAUUAAGUGUGAUGGAAUUGCAGUACUAAGGCAGAAUUAAUGUGUUUGUGCAGAGCCUAUAUGGUGCCGUACGGGCAAAUAAGUUCGGUACUAUAUUCUCAACUGCUUCCUAUUAUAUUAUCAUUAUGAUUAUGAUUAUCAUCCAUCUUCAUUAUCAUAGUAAUUAUCACUAUAAUUGAUUAUAUAAUUAUUAUUAAGGUGUAAGUACAAAAAUGCAGUCAAUCAGCCUAUAGUUUAAAGAUUUAGACUAGAAUAGAUUGUACAUUCUCAGCAUACAUACUACAAAGUUAAUAAACUACCAAGUUUAAAGUGAUGAAAUAUGUAAAUUAAUUAAUAGAACUGAAUCACAAUUUUACUAUUAAUGUAAAUUAUCUACCUCCUCAUUUAUUCCAAAUGAUGUAAUUGAUUGUAUAAUUUUAUGAUUAAUUUUACUAUCCAAUAUAACUUUCGUGUUUGAAAGUUACCAGUCAAAAGUAUUUUGCUUUUCAAACCACAUAACUCUAAUUUCAAGCAAGAAUUCAAAAUGGAUUCCCAAAAGAUAUUUCAUCUUGAUCAGUAUUAGCUAGAUUUAUUUUUUAAUUUGAUACUAAAAUGUGAUAGGGAUAUUAUAAUGUAGAGAUUACUGUUCGACUUUCUCUCACAGAGGGAGGCAACCGAUGAUGCAAUCACAUUUUUUAUACUUUUAAAUUUAAAAUUCUUUUAAUAUGUUUUCUAUCUCUACAUCGCAUAUCUCCUACAUUCCCUUAAAUAGUGUUCUAAACAUUAUCUACCAAGUAACGUUUCUAUAAUGCUUUACAAAAUUAAUUUUUGAAUCUUCUCAGAAAUAAAACUAGAAUUUUAAGCAAGUUAUUCUACUAAGCCGUUCGUAUGUAAAAAUAAUGGAGCUAUGUGCAGGCAGAGGUUUGCCUUAGCAAGUAUAAUAUUGACUGAAAUGAUUCUAUACUUAUAUAACCAUCAACAGUCUUUAUGUACGGUAUAGACCAGUACCAAUGAAAAUAUUUCUCUAAUUUGCUUCCUUGGUUUUGUUCAUACAUGAUACAAUCAUGAAUGCAAAAUAAUUUAUCAAUAAUUAUGGAAAAUAUAUUAAAAAGUAAGAGAUAGAUCGGACACCUAUCUGGCAACUAUAACAAAAAUUGAUUUCUGGCACAAAUGAAUUGAUUUCAAAUAACUCAUUUGGUUGCUUCGUAAUGAAAUUAAUUGAUUCAUUUUUUGAACUAUUGAUGUUGGAAUACAAGAUAAUUAUUAUUGAGAUGAUAUUAAAACUCCUUGACAUGGGCUGGAUCUAUGAUGCUUAUCAUAUCAUUUGGGAAUUUGAAAUUCCAAUUAAUUUGUCCUAUCCAUAAGAUUUCUCUGUUGUAAGGAAUACUUUAUUGUUCCGAUAAUUUAAAGUGCAUGUUUUUAUUGUCAGUUUCAGUUUUUCUAUGUAUGAUACUUCUUGUAUGAAUUACACUAUAAAUUACUUCAAAUGUAAAUUUCAUUCGCUCAAUGUAGUUUUUCAACAUUCUUGGAAACAAUUUUGUUCACUUGUGUGUAUUUACAUUUUUUCAAUUGUGAGUGUUUGUCUUGUUUGUUCCAUGUAGUAAUGUGUUUAAAUGUAUUCUGUGUCCGUUAAUUUGUUUCAGUAACAUUGUUCUACAUUGAGUGAAUGAUCUUAUUCCAGUAAACACUGCUAACUUAUGAAAAUGUCAAUUGAUUUGAAUUGAUAGGCAAUGGAAUAAUAUCGAUUGUAUCGCAUAUAAUUAAUGUAUAAACAAUUUGUUUCCUUCUAUUUCCAAAUUGAAUUCAAUUUUCCAAAUGAUGUUUAAACUUCAACAUUCAAUGAAAGGUAUAUGUAAAACAUAUCAGUAAGCUAGCUUGUUGCUUCCCACUGAACACUAACUUUAUUUAAUACAAAACAAUACCGUAUGUAUGUACUGUUGAUUUCUGGAAUAUUUUAUUGUUCCUCUAGUGCUUUUAAGCAUUCUAUAGAGAUAUAAUUUUUGUUCUACCAAUGUGAUACUGAUACGAUAUUUCUCCAAACGUUGGUUUUUGAUUUCAAAAAUCUCAAUCCAACAAUACAUUUUUGUACAAUUGUUUUUCAAUAAAAUACAGCAUUGUAAUUUACCUCUACUGUUCCUUCGCUGUUAAUUUGAGAAUUACAUUAUAUUUUGUAAUUUUCUAUACUAUUACUCUGUGUGAUUUGAUGUUCUGUCGUAUAUUAUUUCAAACAUGUGUAUGCUAUUUUUAUUUUAAAACUCAAGCAUUAAAC